AUGGCAGUGCUUGUGGUGCCCAUCAGUGUCCAACCUCACUCCAAGCUGCAAGGACAGCGCCGCACGGUGCUCCGGCACCUGCUGGUCAGCGACAAGUACCGCUUCCUCUACUGCUACGUGCCCAAGGUGGCCUGUUCCAACUGGAAGCGCAUCCUGAAGGUGCUGGGCGGGGCGCUGGAGAGCGUGGACGUCAAGCUGAAGAUGGACCACAAGAGCGACCUGGUGUUCCUGGGGGACCUGCGGCCGGCCGAGAUCAGCUACCGCCUGAAGAACUACUACAAGUUCCUCUUCGUGCGGAACCCCAUGGAGCGGCUGCUCUCGGCCUACAGGAACAAGUUUGGGGAGAUCAAGGAGUACCAGCAGAAGUACGGGGUGGAGAUCGCCCGGCGGUACCGGAAGGACGGGGGGAACUCGGCGGGCGACGACGUGACCUUCUCGGAGUUCCUGCGGUACCUGCUGGACGAGGAGGUGGAGAGGAUGAACGAGCACUGGAUGCCCAUCUACAACCUGUGCCAGCCCUGCGCCGUGCGCUACGACUUCAUCGGCUCCUACGAGCGGCUGAGCGCCGACGCCAACCGCGUCCUGCGGCGGGUACAGUCCCCCUCCUCCGUCCGCUUCCCCGAGCGCCAGCCCUGGUACAAGCCCGUGACGCCCGAGACGCUCCAGUACUACCUGUGCAACACCCAGCGCUGGCUGAUCAAGGAGCUGCUGCCCAAGUACAUCCUGGAUUUCUCCCUCUUCGCCUACCCCCUGCCCAACGUCACCAGCGAGUUCUGCAGGCAGUGA